AUAACGAAACUGUCAUUACUUGAAACUGACAUGAGUGAAGAAAGCGCGAAUAUUUAAAAUUACCUUUAGUGUAUUUAAUGAUGUGUUUAGAGAGAUUAUUUACUGGAUUCAAGUGAUUUGAAUAUGAGAGUUAAAUAACUUACGAAAAACAUAUUAUUAUUUAUGUACAGUGUUAUAUAAAAGUCCUUCAGAUUAAAGUGCUAUUUUGACAGAUAACCUAAAAGAGCUCUGAUUAUAUCAGCGUUGUAAAUAAUAGGAUAAUAGAGACAAUUUGCAUUUCGAAAAUCCUAAUUGAACAUUGAAUAAUGCAGCUUUUAAUACAAGCUAGCCCACUAAUCGAUAAAUUAAAGCAUUGGCAUCGAGCGAUAUCUUUUAAUGAAGUGCAGUUAACUACUUCACAGAAGGUGGUAUUAUGGAGUUUAGGAGUUGUGGGCACAAGUGCGGUAGUUGUGGGGGUGCUAUCAAGAUAUUUAGCAAGGCGGCGAGCAAAGCCCAUUAUGAAUCCUCGGAUCCAGAGAGCACUCAAUAAAAGAAUUUCUCGCAUGAGAAGUCCUAAUGGAGGCAUGGGAUCGGUUGCAAGCAGUGGCGGUCGCAGCAGUCCCCUGGGUUUCAGUGAGCGGCUGUCGCUGGCGUCAGGCUCCAUCGGCUCAGGGGCUGGAGACGCGGCACCUCUAUCUCCUCAGCAAUUGGGAGUGAUGGGCAUGGAGGCGCUGGAGACGAGUAUAAACUACUGGGAGGACGCGCUGGCGGCGUUCUCGCUGGGCGCGCGCGGCGGCGUGUCGGGCACGCUCGCGCUCACCUCGCCCGAGGAGGCCGAGUUCUGUCGCGAGAUACAGGACCUGCUGCAGGACGCAUACCUUCUACAGGAGCGUUGCGAGCUGCUGUUCUUGGACCAGCGGUCGGUGCUGUUCCGGUCGGAGAGCGGCGGCGGCGCGGCGGGGUCGGGCGGCUCGGGCGGCGCGGGGCGGCGCGUGCGCCUGCUGUCGCACUCCGCCUCCGAGCACACGCGCCGCGAACACCACUCCAGCGCAGAAUCCUUCGCCUCGGCUGAGGAUCAGGUUGCUGACCUACGAGACUUCGACGAUUUAACGGAAGCUUUACCAGAACUAGAAAACUUAGAAUUAUAUCAGGCUGCUGUUAAGCAGUUCGAAGUCGGCAUACCUUACAGGACACUUCGCACAGAGGUGGUACAGUGCAGCUCAGACUCGGAGUUCCUGUGCAAGCUGCACUGCCUGCGACAAGCCUUCACGCAGGUGUUCAAGGACGCGGCCGUGUGGGCCUGGUUCGUGGACGCCGGACGACAAGUGCUCACUGAUCUAUUGCUGUUCGCUGACAAGGAACCAAAGGAAUUCCUGGUAGCAUACGAAGAAAUGGUGUCGUGGGCAACGGACGCAGCUAAUUGGGCAACAAUCGAAAGUGAACUUACGACUAAAGGAGUUAAGGCCUUGACAUUCUACGACGUGGUAUUGGACUAUAUUCUAUUGGAUGCAUUUGAAGACCUUGCGUCGCCACCUUCAUCCGUGCUAGCAGUAGUCCGCAAUCGAUGGUUAUCAGAUGGAUUUAAAGAGAGCGCAUUGACAACGGCUGUGUGGUCUGUAAUUAAGGCCAAGCGGCGGUACUUGCAGUACCCGGACGGUUUCAUGGCUCAUUUCUACUCCAUAUCGGAGCACUUGCUGCCGGUGCUGGUGUGGGGCUUCCUGGGUCCGCACGAGCGACUGCGUGAUGUCUGCGAGUCCUUCCAGUCAGAAAUCGUAGGCUUCAUAGCAGACCUGUUCAACUUCCAGAAAUGUCGCUACACUAAUGUAGACGACCUUGCCGCUGACAUAAUGCAACACGCUAGAUUACGUUCCGCUAACAUUACCGAUAAACUGGCUGAACGUAUAUAAAUAGUUGACACGCGUAUAAUGUGUCUUGGAUCAACGAUCAGUUGCUAAGCAGUAUGCCUAUGAUAAGUAUUCGCCUUUACCUCAAAUUUUCAUCUCGUUGUUGACGUUAUUUAAUCAUGCAAUUUACCGAGGAAUUAUAUUACCAAUUAUAAGAGAUGCUAGAAAAUACUAUGUUAAUAAUUAGAAGCUACUCAUUGCUAACAAAACCAUAACUAUCUUGCUAAGGUUGUAGCUACAUAUAUGGAAUCUUAACAUUCCUAUGGUUAUUUGUUCUGCUCUUCUUGGUAAUGUGGCGACAUUUUUAGAGCUCAAAUCGUUACGUAUGUUUGUUAUGCUUCUAUUUUAGUCCUAAGAUAAAAAGUGUUCACUAUUCUGUCUGUAUCAACACGAAACAUGGAUAUUAAUUAAA